CAAAAUCUUGAUGUCUGUAUUAAAUGUUCCACACCCUCUUCCUCUUCCAACAACCAAACCAAGGCAAUGCAUCAAGCGAUUCCCUUUAGAUCAUGGCGCCCUCUCCCAUUAAUUACACAUUCCCACAACGAUCCUCAUAACAACACUCACAAUCCUUCUUCAUCACCCAUCCUGCUCAACAUGGUCUGGGAGAACGCCGUUACGGUCGUUGGGAGAAGAGGCUGCUGCAUGACCCACGUCGUCAACCGUUUGCUUCUCAGUCUCGGUGUUAACCCUGCGCUUUACGAGGUCGAGGAGAACGACGAAGCCAUUGUCGCCACUCAAUUGGAAGCUACCGCUCGGACUGAAGUGGUGCCACCGCUGCAGUUUCCUGCGGUUUUCAUCGGUGGAAAGUUGUUUGGAGGCUUGGAUACAAUCAUGUCCACUCAUAUUUCUGGUGAAUUGGUUCCUAUUCUUAAACAAGCUGGGGCUUUGUGGCUAUGAUAUCGUUUUCUUAUUCUUUACUACAUUUUUACUCUUCUUCUUUGUAAUUUUCCUGAAAGAUGAUUAAGAAUAAUCACUUUCUUGAGCCUUAGAUUUUAGCUAUGCUAUUAUGAUGAUAUGCCUGAAUUCUAAUCAAAACAUAAUUAAAAUGGGAAAUUUCUACUC